CGUAAUGCUCAAUUCUGCUGUCUUUCCCAGUGGGGGCUGUGUGUUUACAUCGUAGUACGCCGAGGAAGAUUAGUGCUUUAGGAUUGUGUAAUAUCGCGUGAAUUUGCUACUGUGUACUUUGCCGCAAUGCACAGUGUAUCGUACAAACCGCUUUGAACUGCCACAGUUUCGUCUGAGAAAGACCAGCAUGAAUUGGAUAUGUGGACAUAAGUCACAUCAAAGAAUGGCACUCCAGUAAACCAGCAGGAUGAGUAAAAUCCCAUUGGGUGACGAAGCAUACACAUGCAAGAUUAGAAUGAGUUGGUGAGGCAAAUGAGUUUGGGGGACGGAAGUCUUGUGCGACUGAUAGCAGGCUGAUGAUGCACCGUGAAGUUAGAAGCAUAGACCCAGUGGAUGCGAAGAUUAGGGCUCGGCAUUCAGGCUUUAUCCAAGUACACGUACUGUAAAUACAUGCCUUUUUGUGGUACUUCUGAGAGAAAAAAUGUUAAGGCUUUGCAUAGCACACUGUUGUGAGAAAAUUCAUAAGCAUUAUUUGCAGACAGUUAGCUCAAAUAACAGUAUAAAUAAUGAAACCACAGUUAAGUCUCCCAACAUGCAAGAUAAGAGAAGUGUUUUAGAAAUAUGUAUAUGGUCAAGAUAUACAAUGCAGUUAACAAAUGUAACCCAUCAAUGAUCAUCACAUUUUAAAUGACACCAUUAACAAUAUGCAAUUCGGUACAGUUUCUAAAUGAAUUCUGGUGAAGUAUAUAGUUAUUCUUAAGCUUUGUAAGUGCUUCCUGUAGAAGUUAGGGAAAUCAUGUCAUGAAAUUUUCUCCUAUCAAAUAUAAACUUGAGAUAUCUUCAUGAGACCAUGCAUAUCAAAUGUCAAUUUGUUAAUAUUCCAACAUGGCCACUGUAGAUGGCUAAGAAUGAUUUUAUUUUUUAUAUAGGUUUUUGAGGUAGUAAAGCACUUAGUAGACUCAUGUAAAAAAUGGGUGGACUCAGGAAAAGAGAGAUGGUAGAAUGUGAGUUGUGUCAAGGAAAGGUUUGGAAGCAACAUCUCACAAGACAUUUAAGACAACACACUGAGGAGAGAACUUUUGUGUGCAAUUCCUGUGGUUUAGGUUUCACCCAUAAAUGUGCGCUCAAGAGGCAUGUUAUGCGCACAUGCAAGUCACUACUUCAACAGAGGGAUCGUGUGACAGAGCCCAUUUUACUCGAAAAAUUAAGAAUAUCUGAUGAGUCUGUCCCAUCUGUGGUGCUUCAAGAAGACAUUGCUCAGCACAAGACCUUUGGAGACACUAUUAAGUCUGUUUCAUGCCAAGAAAGCAGUGAAGCAGGCCCAAUAACUAAAGAUAGUACAGAAAUGAUAAAAAUUGCAGAGAUUGAGUGCAAGGUUUGUCAUGAAAAAUUUCCAGCUGAAGUUGUUGAUCUUCAUUUAAAGCAACAUAUAACAGAAAAUGAAAAAGUUACAUGUGAUUUGUGUGGAUUAAUGUUUAGUCAGGAGAGUGAUCUUUUGAGUCACAAAAGUGGAAAUGACUGCUGUCAUGUGCCACCCAGUGUGAUUAACGAAGGAAAAUGUGUCAUUAAUUUUGCUAAGCCAUAUGAAAUACAAACAGUAGAAUGUGAGUUUUGUCAUAGAAAUAUAAAUAAAAAUGUGGUCAAGAGGCACAUAAAGAUGCAUACAGAAGAAAGACCAUUUAAAUGUGAAUCUUGUGGUUGUGGAUUUAACUUUAGAGGAAAUUUAGCAAAGCACAAAUUGUUGACUGGUUGUGGGGGGUCUGUCCCUGUUGGAGCCCAUCAGUCAAAGCCUCAAAUGGAAAAAGGCACGGUAGAAAUCUCCCAAGCAAAGGCUGCCGUAGAGAACUGUAAUGCGAAAAGGCCAAGAUUGGCAACACGCAAGUGCCCCAUUUGUCACAGAUUAGUGCAUGGUCAAUUUAUGAAACGUCAUAUGAAGCAGCAUACAGAGGAUAGAAAGUACAAAUGCCCUCUCUGUAGUCUAGGAUUUAUUCAUAGGCAAGCACUUAACAACCAUUUAACAAAGAACACCUGUGUUACUUCAGAUAACACUGAAAGUACUGAGAAAAAAUACUCCAGUUCAGAAUCACAUGAAGUACCUCUGCCUUGCCUUGGUAAUAAGUCAGAUCAGGGAACAUAUGAAUCUCAUGGAAAUGUUAUUAAGAUGAAAAUACAAUGCCAAAAUUGUGGAACAUUAUUUUCCAAUAGAUCGAAUUUAUAUCGACACUUGAAAAAUAAGAAGUGUACUUUGUCGUAUGUUGAAGAACUCCGUAGAAAGAUUAUUCAAAAUCAGGUAAUUAGCAAGCCAGAGAAGACAUUUUUGGCUGCUGAAAUGUCUUCAAGUGAUGUUUAUAAAUACAAAGAAAGUGCUAAUAGUACUAUUGUGAAGUCUAGGAGUGUUGCAGCUAGCAAACUAACAGGUAGUAGUACUCAUGUUACUAUUAAGGAAACAUGUUUAGUGUGUAGGAAAGAGUAUUCAUCACGGAGAAAGUUGGAAGAUCACUUGGAGGCUCACAUGUUUAAGAGGACCUUCAGGUGUGUUUUAUGUCCAAAGAAAUAUUACAGCCUUGGUAAAUGUAAGAGGCACAUACAAGUGCAACAUGCAACAAUAAGUGUGAGUGCUUGUAGAUUGUGUAGCAAACAAAUUGAUAAUUUUGGUGAGCUUGAAGAUCAUUUAUCUUAUCAUAGAGGAGACAGGAUUUACAAAUGCAUGCUAUGCAAUAAAGUUAUAUUAAAACAAUUAUGCUUGAAAAGUCAUUUGGAAAGCCAUGUUGGAAAGCAUGGUGAAAAUGUUAGCCAAGAUGAAACUUUGGAAAACUCAAGAGGAACUUUUCCUAAAGAUGUAAGUUCUGGAGUACACUACUGCACAGUAUGCAAACUAGUGUUUUCCAGUCCAAGCAGUUUGGCUUCACAUAUGAUGACACACACUUUAGACUCGUCAUACACUUUAGACUCUUCAUGUGAUGAUAAUGAAGGAUCUGUGCUAAGUAGGGUUGAUGAUGUUACUGUUUUUAUAACUGACAGUAAUGAUGAAGAAGAUACAGAAAGGAGGCUUGGAAAUGAACUAGAAGGCAUUACAAAUUGUAAUAAUCAAAACUCAGAUCCUCUUAGUGAUUGUGAAGGUGAUAUUUCUGUUCUGGAUGAUAAUUGUUCUCAAAUUAUGAAUGUUGAUUAUUCUUCAUAUGCAAGAAGUAGCAUUCCAACCAACAAUGAGUCAAGUACACCUGUUCUGUUAACUGCAACAGACCCUUCACUACGAAAUAUAGAUGUCUUGGAGAAUGUAGGCCAGCAUUGUUUGAAUGACACUGGUUCUAGAAUUAGGAAAAGUGAAGAAACAUAUUCUAGGGAAUCAGUGAACUUUAGUGAAUGCUCUGCGGCAUCAGACUAUGCAUUAGUUACGGGAGAAGUGUCAAAAAUUGGUGGGAGUAAAGAUCACAGCAUUGAAGGGAGCAGUGAUGUUUUUUUAAAUAGAAUGAAAGAAGUAACUGUAUAUAUAACAGAAAAUGGUGCACAAGAAACUGGAUUCAAUGAAGAAUACAUUAAUGGAUCUGAAGUUAGAAGCAGUGAAAAUUGUGAUCCUCUUACCAGAGACAACAUUGUAAGUGAUAGUUGUUCAUAUUCAGGUUUUACAUGUAACAUUUGUAAUGAGCAAUUUUUAACCCGUGGCAGCCUUGAAGCACACAUGUCAACUCACAUAGAGGGACGAUUCCAUAUUUGUAAUGUCUGUGGUGAGAGUUUUAGCCAGAAGAAUUACCUUAGGAAGCAUAUGGCAGAGCAUGGAGAGAAUCAAAAGUUCAGGUGUUCUGUUUGUUGGGUUGACUUUUUGUUUGAUUCUGAUCUUGCUAAUCACAUGAAUACACAUGUCACAAAAGCAAUGAAUUAUGAUUGUUUGGAUUGUGGUAGAAAAUUUAUUAAAAAAAGUGGCCUUGUCAGGCAUUCUUCUGUGCAUUCAAAGAACCGACUAUUUACCUGUGACCAUUGCCAGUUGACAUUUAUGUCCAAAGAUUCCCUACAUGAACACUUGAAAAAUCACACUGAAAACAAUGAGCAAGCAGUUGAAGGUAUUGCAGUGGAAGGAGCAGAGGUAUUUGAUUUUGAUAAUGGGAGUGGAAAGGCAAUGAAUGUUUCUGCUUUAAGUGAUAGUAUAAAAUUAGAUGAUAAAGAGGCUAAUGGUGUAGAUAUGAUUUGUCCUGUCUGUGCAAAAGUUUGCAAAACAAAAGGCUCUUAUGUACUCCAUGUUAGAGUUCAUUCAGCUAAUCGAAAAUAUAAGUGUCAAGUUUGCAAUAGAAAGUAUGGAAGUAAAAUAAAACUCCGUAGACAUCAAAGAAAAUAUAACCAUGAAUAUGGGACAUUACCAAAUAGUUUGGGGGUUGAACGUAGAUUUACUUAUGAGGGAGAUAUUUUUGGAAUUGUUGAAGGACUACAAACACCUCAAUCAGAAACCAUUGAUGUAAGUACAGCUGUAAGUGAAAAAAUUCAAGGAAAAGAUAGCACUGAUAUUAGUUUCAACAUGUUUGAGCACUCAUGUAAUAUUUGUGGUAAAGAAUUUAGGUCCAAGAUUGGACUUAUAGCGCACCAGCAGAUCCAUGCAGCAGGUGAACGGUAUCCAUGCUUUAUAUGUAAAUCAUCAUUCGUAACAAAAGUUCAGUUGGAUGAGCAUCAUAAGGAACACAGUGAUGCUACACUUGAUACAAGAACCACUGAACUCUUAAAUGAUUCUGAGACUGACAGAGACCUUGGUGUCAGUCAGUUAAGAGAACAUAAUAUGCAAACUAAUUGUUCAGAGACUCAGGACCCUGAAUCUCAUGAGUUAGAGUUGGGAAAGUUUGUCUGUGGCAUUUGUGGAAAGAAAUGUAAGAAGAGAAGUAGUCUUGUGCUUCAUGUGAAAUAUCAUAAACCUUUGCAGGGGUAUAAGUGCAACUUUUGUGAAUUAACGUUUCCUAAUAGAAUUAAACUUCGCAUGCAUGAAAGAAAGCACAGGUAUAUUACCAAAAUGGAAAAAGGAAUGGAGAGUGCUACUGAAACAUCUUUGUCAUUAGAUGAUGAAAAAAGCAUUGUGAAUGGGGAGGAUGAAGUGAGGGAAAAAAAUGCCCUUGUACAUGAUCAGGAUAUGCAAGUUGACCUUAACUACACAUUAACUGUCAAGAAAAAGUGUUCUGAGAUGGUUAGAUGUAAAACUGCGUGUGAGGGAGAUGAAAGUCCAAAUAAUUUUCAAAAGCUAGAAAUUCAUGAAUCAAGUGAUUUAGAACCCAAGAAGUACCACUGUGGCAUUUGUGGUAAGCAUUGCAAAAAGAGCAGUAGUUUUGUUCUUCACCAGAAGAUGCAUUUAUCAUACAAGGGGUAUGAUUGCAGGUUUUGCAAUCUUACUUUUACAAGUAGGAUUAAAUAUCGUAAACAUCAAUGUGUACAUAAACAAAGAAGAAAAGGUGAGGAAGAAGUAUUUGAUAUGGAAGGAAGUUUGUCCCCUGUGAUAGAGAGCAUAAAAGAUAAAAGUGUCAUUGAAGAUGGAAAAGAAACCUGUGAUGUUAAUGCUGUCAUUUUGAAUUCUGAGAAUGAAAAAUAUGGAGAGUCAGAUGAAGCAUCUUCUAUGGUACACAACUGCAGGUUUUGUUAUCAGGCAUUUUCAGGUAAGAUGAGACUUCUGGAGCAUGAAUGUGAAUGUCAACAUAAUGAAAAUAGUAAAAAUGAUAGAGAAUUGAACAAAAAUGACAGUGGAACAUAUGCCAGUGAUGUAGAAUUGCUUAAUGAUGAUAUUGAUAGAGAGGAAGGAAUAUAUGUGUGUCAAAUAUGUGGUAAGAAAUGCACGAGGAAGAAUAGCUUAGUACUUCAUCAAAAGGUUCAUUCAUUUUUCAAGCGGUAUAAUUGUAGGAUUUGUAGUCUUACUUUCCAAAAUAAGGCUAAACUGUACAAACAUCAGAAGAUUCAUAGAAUGAAGAAUGUUGUGAUGGAAAUGGAUAAAACAGAAGUUGAAUCACCUAAUAUGUUAGAUGGAGCCAUUGAAAAUUGCAGGUUUGGUGGAGGAAGUUAUCUUGAAGUUUAUAGCAAUGCCGAUGUCAUGAGUACAGAACCUAAAGCAUUGAGCAGAAUGGCAUUAGAAGAUGAAAUUAGUAGGGACGGCAAAAAUUCAUUGUCAGCAAGUAUUGAUUAUACAUGUAAUGUAUGUUUGAAAAGAUACAUAGGAAAAACCGCUUUUAUACGCCAUCUUCGAAUGAAUCAUGGUGAUCAUCAGCUGAGCCGUGAUAAAUCUGUAGAUGAAUCUCUAGAGAGGUUUAUAAAUAGUAAAAAAACACCUCUCAGUAAUGAGGUUUAUAGGGAAGACAAGAAUUUUGCCUCAAAAUCUGAGUACUCUGGGUCUGUAUUGGUUGAAAGUGAGAGAACGCUGAGCCAAGUUCAAACAGAGGAGGCAAAUUUGAUUUCUGAAAGAAAAAUAUGCUAUUGUAUCAUAUGUAAGAUAGAAUUCAAGAGACCAUCAGGCUUUGCAAGACACAUGAAGAUUCAUGGUAGCAUGCGCUAUGAAUGCAGUGUGUGCUUGAGAGUGUUUUCUUCAAAAGUAAAGUUGAAAAAACACAAAAAAUAUCACCUUCAGAAGAAAGUUUCAAGAAGUUCUUUCAUUGAAGAACCAGUCAGUUUGGGUGGUCAAGAAAAGCCAUAUGAAAUACCAACUUCUAAGGAGUAUUUAAAUAUGAUGAAUGAAGUUGGUAAAGGCAUUGUAAAAGAAAGGAUUUCAGGUGAAAAAUUAAAUGUAUGUAAUAUUUGUGGUGUGGAAUUUCAGAAGUCAUGUGGUUUAGCAAGUCAUAUGAGGACACAUUCAAUAGAUCGUCCUCACAGUUGUAACUUUUGUGGUAGAAGAUUUAAUACUGUAGUGACUUUGGCAAUGCACAAGAAAAAUAGUCAUAGAAACAAGACAUUGAUAAGUAACCUGAGUAAGCCAACAAUUAAGAUUGAUCAUGAGAAGCCUGUAGUAAGCCAUAAUGUUGACAGCCUGGUUACUGAUAUCAACAGUGAAGAGAGUGAAGUGAAGUUGGGUUCUGCCUUUUAUCCUUGCACAUUUUGUGGAUUGAAAUUUCAGAGACCAUGUAGCUUAGGUAGUCAUCUUAGGGUACACUUGCAUAGGAGAUCAUAUAGCUGUAGACUUUGUAGCAGAACUUUUAAAUCAAGCCACGUGUUACAAAAGCAUGAGAAAGUAUGUCAAAGAAAGUGUGGUGCAGUGAAAAAGGAUCUAGUGGAAACAGUCUGUUUUGGGGAACAGGAAGAAAUGGGCUCUAGAAUAAAUAAAGCAAGUACUGAAUGUGAGGCAUCUGUUGAGAGGCAACAGAAGGACGCUAUAAAUUUGGGCGAUCUUGUUUGCACCAUAUGUGGUUUAAAGUUUCAGAAAUCUUGCGGCCUUCAAAGUCAUUUCAGGACGCACUUGAAUAACAGGCCUUAUACCUGUAAUUUGUGUCAUGGAACAUUUACUACAGCUUAUACAUUAAAGUGUCAUGAAAAGCACAGGCAUAAACAUCAGGAAGAAAAAUUGACUGUGAAGCAUGGUGCAGUUAAGAAGAAUGUUGAUGAAGAUUUCAGAGGUCUGAAUAAUUGCUCUUUGAGUCUGAAAGAAGGAACAAAUUUGGAUUCAGACAAGAGUGUUAAUUCUGGUGAAAUAAGUGGAAAGACCUUUACUAAAUCAUGUGAUGUAGCAGACCGUGGAAAAGCACAUUCUGGGAGGGGUUUGGAGAGCGAGAUUAAAGGAUCUUUAAAACUGGCUACAGGAAAUCAGUAUAAUUGCAAAGUUUGUGAGGAAAAAUUCAUUGAUGCUGAAACUUUCAGGUUACACUUGUGGUCUCAUGAUGGUGAGGAUGAAAUGCUAAAAAACAAUGAAGACCCUGCAUCACUUUCUACAGAAAAGCAGUAUAGUUGCAAGAUAUGUAGGAAAAAGUUUAAACAUAGGGGAAAUUACAAAGUACACUUAUGGUCUCAUGAAAAUAAGAAUGAUGUAAGGAAAGUGGAUAUAGACAUAUCCAUUGAACCCAAAACAAGUGAGAAAGGGAAAAAUGAGUGGAGUGGACAGUUUGACUAUAUGUCAGUCAAGACGACAAAGUCAGGGCAGAUGAAGAUUGAGUGUAAGUUAUGUGGUAAACUAAUGGCUCAUCGAGGGAAUUUUGUAUCCCAUAUAAGGGGACACUGUGCUAGAGGGGAAGUAGAAGCGUAUGGUAAACCUGAGCUUGAUGAUGUAAGUAAGCCAUUCAGGUGCAGUAUAUGUGACAAACCUUUCAAGACAAAGUGGGCAUUGGAUCGUCAUGUUCAUGUGCACUCAAAGAAUAAAAGUUACCAAAGUGGAUGUGAUUUAAAAAAUGUUGAUGGAGAACCCAAUCAUUUAUCUGUUAAUAACAUUAUUAAUCCAUCUGUAGUUGAAAAUCCAGUAACAUCAGAUUUUCGUGUGGCCUCUCCUUCAAGAAAUUCUGCUACUUUUGCACCAAAUUUGAACAACAGUUCAGAGAGUGGAAUCAGUUUUAGUCAGCACAACUAUGAUCUAAAGUUAGAAUCAAGAACUUGUAAAUUUUGCUGUAGAGUUUUUAAAUAUAGAUCUAUGUGUGUGUAUCAUAUGGCUAAACAUUCAGAAAAUGACUUCAACUGUACUCUUUGUAGCAGAAGUUAUUAUAAUAAGAGGGAGUUCUUGACACAUACUCAUAGCCAUAAGAAUGCAAUGGUAGAUUCUGUCGGACAGGACCAUGAGCAAUUGGCACCUCAUUUUGAAUUAUCAUUUGAUGGUAAUUCUGUAACCAAAAGUGAGAUUAUUUCAGGACAGUCAAAUUUGACACUUAAGGCCCAAGAAAGGGACAAAAAUUUGUCAUGCAGCAUGUGUGGUAAAUAUCUACCCACCCACAAAAGUUUUCGAAAGCAUCAAAAGAUGCAUUUGCAGAAAUCUAAAAAUAGAUGCAUCAUUUGUAUUAAGAAAUAUAAAAGUAGAUCGUCUUACCGUAAGCAUAUGAGGAUUCAUCACCCUGAAUUUGAAAAUAAGUGUUCCCUUUGUGGAGGAAAGUGUGAAGGUAGAUGUCAGAACAAAAUACAAGAAAAAGGUGAAGCUGUCAUGGAUGAAUCCAUUACCACUGAAGGAUUCAAUAUAGAGGCAGUUACACCACCUUUGUCUUUAAGAAAGGGUUUACGACAUAAAGGUGAGACAAAUAUUUCCUCUGAUAUGAGGUUUGGGGAAGACUGGAAAGUUACUGUGAGAAAGUUGUCAUCACCUGAAGUACUUCCUUCAUCCUCAGGGGUAGAUUUACAGGGAAGUAGGAAUGAUAUCGGUUCUGAACAAAAUUUUAAAGACUAUGUUGUGGCCAAUACUAUUGUAGACAAUACUAAGGCCAAACCAUUCAUAUGUUCUGUUUGUGGUAAGGGUUUCAAAUACAUGAAAUACAUUAAACUACACAUGGAAGUACAUUUAGAGCAAAAUUUUAAAUGUCAAAUUUGCCAUAAAAGUUCAAGAAGUGCACUAAGGUUAAGGAGACAUAUGGUUUCACAUAAACUUGGGAAGAGAUAUAAUUGUGAAGAUUGUGGGUCAGCUUUCACUCAAAUGUCCUCUUUAAAAAAGCAUUAUCAAGUUUUUCAUCACAGUAAGCCUGACAAGAAGGAUUCAGUCGAGGGAGAGUUGAGAAGUGAAAGCAGGACAUCAGGAGAUGCUAUUGCUUCAGAGAUUGCAGUAUGUGCUGAGAAAUCAGUAGUUCAAGCAGUCACUGAUAGCACAGAAAUCAUUACUGACUCUCCAAAACCUUGCAGUAACAGUGAUUUGGAAGGGAAUGGAGAUGACAGUACACUUACAAAUAGACCCCUCUUUGGAAAAAGCAGUUUUGUAUGUCCAAUAUGUGGAAAGGGUACUUCAUCUGGGAGUCACUUAGAUUCUCAUAUGAUAAGGCAUUCACAGGAGAAACCUUUCAAGUGCCCUUUAUGUCAGAAAUUUUUUAAGAGGGAUUAUACUCUAAGAAAACAUAUUAGGGAAAUCCACUCUGCCGAUCCUGGCCAGUUUCACCCAAAAAAUCUCACAUCAAGUGGAAGAGACAUUACUGUAGACUUACCAUACAAGUGCUCAAUAUGUGAUAAAGGUUUUAUUUAUGAUACCUCUCUAAAAGCCCACAUGAUGUUUCAUAUGAGGGAAAGUUCUCUUUUUGCUGGGGAGUGUGAAGAGGAGAUAUAUGAGUGUGCUGUUGAAACAAAUGAAGAUGAUGGUAUCCUCUCUGUGGAGCCGGUAAGGUUAGAGGAUAAUUGUGCAAAUAAAUAUUUAAAAGAAGAAAAAGAAUUUUCUGUAGAAGAUAUGGCAAUUGAUAUUAAAGAAGAACUAGUUGAUGACAUUGAAGAAGACUAUGAAGAUUUGCUGUCUGAAGAAUUUCUGCUAAAUGACUUUGAUUUAAUGGAGAAAAAUGCAGCCGAAGAUCUUGUUUUUACUGGAGAGAUGGAUAGUGUGAGUGAGAGCAUUGAUUUUUCCAAUUUCAGUGAAAGUUGUAUUUUUAGUGAUGAAUCUGGUAAUGUUGGAAAUGGUACAAUAUUCUCACUGGAAAAAGAGCAAGAUAAUCUAUACAUUCCAGAAAACAUAGAAGCUAAUUGCUCAUCAGAGUGUUAAAGAAGAUACAGCACAGGUUAAGAACUGCUAUGUGACCAUAAAUGUAAAGUUCAAAUUUAUUUACAGUUGUUAUAAGUAGAUCAGAUGAUUUUAUAUUUUUUCAAUAUAGAUUUAUACACGUUUUGUAUUGUGCACACGUUGAAAUUCUGUGUGUAGUUGCUAAAAGAAAUUGAAUGAGUCAAGAGUGUAAAGGAUACAAAAAAACGGAAAUGUCACACAGAGCAUUUGAGAUUUAGAAAAUAGAAAAAAAGGUUCAAGCAAUUUGAUGUGCUGAAAUUUGCAUGUCAAACCAUAAUUUUUAUAGUACUUAGGUGCUCCUCAGAGGAGCAGAGUAAGGAAAGUCUACCUAACAUCUUUACUGUUUUAGAUUUAUGUAUAACAUUAUUGUAGCUUUUUCCAUAUUUAAUGUAUAGUCAGCAUAGAUCAGUACAUAUUCUGUUAAGAUUUAUAAAAUAAGUUAGAAUGAGAUGAUGGAUCUUGAUAUAAAAGUUUAACCUGGUUUUUAUGCAUAUAUUUGUACAUGUAUCAUCUUUUAAAACUGUAGGAACUUAGUGGGGAAUUAGGAAGACAGCUUUUAGCUGAAAAAUACCUCUUGUAGACAUUUAAAAUUACCUUGUUCAAUGAAGCCAAAUAGUGUUAGAUCCUCGAGCUUUUUAGCUGCUUAUAUUGUGGCUAAUAGUCUGCAGUAGUACUUAUAGACUUGCGUUAUAAUGCUUUUUAUGUAUUGAAGAAAGCUGCUGAAUGUAUAUUGCAAUUAGCAUGAAAAAUCUAUGAGCCCCUUGUAAUUCCUAAUUAAUGGAUUUAGUAUGUCAAACCUUUAAUGAUACAAUUUAGAAUAAACCUGUUACAUCUGGAUGUUAAGCCUUUGAGAAUGAAUAUGUAGCCAGUCAUUUGACUGAAAUGGCACAAUAAACUGUGUUAUGCUUUA